AUGAUUGGCCAACCACCAGUAUACUUUGGAAACAGUUUUCACAGAGCUAUGGACUCUAGCAAACAUUCUGAACUUUAUCUUGGCGACCAUCAAAAUGAAAGGAAUAGUCUCUAUGCAGGCUUGUGGUUGCCAUAUCCUCAAGAUUACGAGUGUGAAGGAGAUGAGUCCACUAGUGACCAAAUGUCAGUCGGUGAAAGUGCCUUAAUGGUUAUCACCACUGAUAGGUUGAACAGCUCGUCUAGUUCCUUCCCUGGAACCAGCACACCUACUACAAUGACAACUCUAAAUCAGAAAGAACAACAGCGGAUCAGUACCUGUGAAUUCUGCGGAAAAAUAUUUAAGAACGUUGGCAAUCUAACAGUACACAGGCGGUCCCACACGGGUGAAAAACCAUAUAAAUGUGGAAUCUGUAGUUAUGCAUGUGCUCAGAGUUCCAAGUUAACCCGUCAUAUGAAGACUCACAGUUGGUUUGGCAGAAAUGUGUAUCGUUGCCCUAUAUGCGAAAUGCCUUUUUCAGUGACAAGUACAUUGGAGAAACACAUGAAAAAGUGUGUAAUAGAUCAUGACUCGGAGUUAGUAAACAAGCAUAAAGAUUUCUUAACUAGCAAAAUGAGCAAACAGUUAAGUUUAACUACCAAGUCACCUGUUAAGGAUUCGGACUCGAGAGAAACGUCUUAA